GGCGGCAGCAUGGCCGAGGCGGCGGCAGAGGCGCGGGCGCCGUCGCCGCGGGUGGGCGCGUGGCUGCCGGUGCUGGUGGAGCAGAUGGUGAACGACACGCUGGUGGUGACGCUGAGCUGUGGGGAGCGCCGGUUCACCGGCGUCCUGCUCGACUGCACCAAGAAGUCUGGAUUGUUUUGCCUCACACCCUCCUUCUCCAAGCAUGAGGAGCCUCCUGCUGCCAGCUGCACGAACGGAGCUGCUGACAGCGGAGCUGCUGUGCAGGACGACGUGGAGCCACAGGGCGACGCGGAGCCACAGCCCGCCGGCGAAAAGCCUGCCAAAGCAACCGGCGACGAGCAGGUCCCCCCGCUGCUGCCCGCCCCGGCCCCGGGCAGCCUGCCUCCCUACCCCCCCUACUUCGAGGGAGCUCCCUUCCCGCGCCCGCUGUGGCUGCGGCACACCUACAACCAGUGGGUCCCGCAGCCGCCGCCACGGACUAUAAAGAGGACGAGGAGGCGUUUGUCGCGGAACAGAGACCCGGGAAGGCUCAUCAUGAGCACCAUCAGGCUGCGGCCCAGGCAGGUGCUCUGUGAGAAGUGUAAAAACACGCUGAACCCUGAGGACACGAGCACAGCGAGGCAGAAUGCGAAAACCAGGAGGAAGCUGAGCGUUCAGGACAAAGAGCAGAAAAAGCACAGUGACUCCGACUACACAGAGAAAAGGAACAAGCGAGAGAAGAGAGAGGAUGACAAGUUUUCUGGGGAGCUAAUACAUCGAACGCCAGUCAUAAAGAUAUCCUACAGCACUCCACAGGGGAAAGGAGAAGUGGUAAAAAUCCCUUCUCGGGUUCAUGGCUCAGUCAAACCAUUUUGUGCAGAGCGAAUAUUGCAGAACGGAGAGGAGGACCAAGAGGAGGCCGGAGACUCUGAUCGGUGUCGAGAAACCAAAUGCUUAACGGACAAAUCAGCAGGCAGCCAGCUUGCUUCCAUUCCAAAGCUGAAGCUGACGCGGCCGGUGCAUCCCGCUGCGGAUGUCCCGCCCCCAAAGAUACGGCUGAAGCCCCAUCGCAUCAAUGACGGUCAGAGUGUUUCAAUUUAUAAGGCAGAGCUUAUCGACGAAAUAAAUGUCCUUCAGAACAGCAAGGAGUCCAAUCCUGGUGCGUUUUACAACGAUGAACCCACAGACAGAAGUUUAGCUGAGGUGUCUUCAGGGAGUUCGGGUGAAGACGAUGACUUUAAAAGGUUUCCCCAAGGCAAAGACGGACACGAUAACUUGGCUUUCCUUAUGAAUUACCGCAAGAGAAAAGCAGAUUCUUCUAGUUUAUCGGUGUGUAGUAAUGACAGUCUAGACGAAUCCAAGUCUUCUAGUUCGGAGGUAACAUCACCAGAAAUGUGUGACUUUUUGCCUGGUGAUGACGCAUCCGUCUCUUCAUCUUCAAAAGAUGAGCGUAAGGUCGUGCCGCCGCUGACAGUCAGACUGCACACCCAAAGCGUGUCCAAGUGCGUCACGGAAGACGGCAGGACUGUUUCAGUCGGGGAUAUUGUCUGGGGCAAAAUCCAUGGUUUUCCGUGGUGGCCAGCACGUGUUCUUGACAUAAACCUUAGCCAGAAGGAAAACGGGGAACCUUCGUGGCGCGAAGCUAAAGUGUCAUGGUUUGGUUCUCCAACAACCUCAUUCUUAUCUGUUUCAAAACUCUCUCCUUUCUCUGAAUUUUUCAAACUGAGGUUUAAUCGCAAGAAGAAGGGGAUGUAUCGGAAAGCUAUCACAGAAGCUGCAAAGGCAGUAGAGCAUCUGACUCCAGAAAUAAGAGAUCUCUUAUCGCAGUUUGAGACAUAACUUUGCCUCCAGUAUCAGUUCCAGCAAGGCAGCCUUAACAGUUCUCAGCAGCACUGCUCGCUGUCAGCACCUGGAGGACAAGCUGGCUCCCACUGUGCCCUGUGCUGCGGUCUCUGGUCUCUCCCUGCCGAUGCAGUACCCGGAGGCAUGGAGGAGCCGGCGUGCAGCACCGGAGGAUGGCACAGCACAGGCCUGGGCAGUGGCAGCUGUGCCAGAGCAGGCUGCAGGAGAGGAGGUCAGUGAUCUGCAGAGCUGCUCUGCCAGCCCAGGCUGCAGGAGAGGAGGUCAGUGAUCUGCAGAGCUGCUCUGCCAGCUCAGGCUGCAGGAGAGGAGGUCAGUGAUCUGCAGAGCUGCUCUGCCAGCCCAGGCUGCAGGAGAGGAGGUCAGUGAUCUGCAGAGCUGCUCUGCCAGCCCAGGCUGCAGGAGAGAAGGUCAGUGAUCUGCAGAGCUGCUCUGCCAGCCCAGGCUGCAGGAGAGGAGGUCAGUGAUCUGCAGAGCUGCUCUGCCAGCCCAGGCUGCAGGAGAGGAGAUUAGUGAUCCACAGAACUCAUCCUGGGAAUCGUGCCAGCCUCAUCUCAGGGCUGACCUACCAGGGGAGGUGAGCAUAGCCCCAUGGAGCACUCCUUGUCCCUGUCUGCAUCGAGUCAGAGUCCAAACUGCAAAGUCUCUGUGGGCAAGAUUGGCACUGUGGGGCUGACCCAGCCGACUGAGACAGCACACUUUGCUCGAUUGGACUGACCCUGUGGCCGAGGGAGGGUAGUCCAGGGGUGGGCUGCAACAUGGGAUGAGCUCUGGGACUGUGCUCUGGGGCCAUGCUCUGAGGCCGUCCCUGCAGUAUCUUGAGCUGAGGACAACUGCUGUUGAUCAUCCCUCGGAGCGUGGGUUCCGCUGCAGCGCAUGGGACAGGGCCAUGGGGCACAGCCCCUUUGCCCCCCCAGCACCUCCCUGCUGCUGCUGCACUCCUGCAGCAGUUGCUGCUGUGACUGUUCCUCUGCUCAACCUGCAGCUCAUGUUGCAGCAGUGCUUGGCUGGAGUGCUGCUGUCUGCAAAUCCUUCCCUUCAGAGAAACACUCAGACAUGGUGAUGAACUGGCAAGUGCUGGAUCAGAAGAUGUGGCUGGUUUCCCAGGCAGUGCUGUGCCUCUGGGGUACCCAGAUAUCCAUCCCCUGCUUAGCUCCUCCUCCAACAGCAAACACCAGCCCCCCUCAGCAUGGAACAACUCCACUGUGAUGUGCUGCCAGUGACCACCCCUGGAUACAGCAUUUCCUGGACUCAGGGAUCUCUGAAGCACUGAGGGGUGGUUUGAGCCCAUGGUUCCUGCUCUCACACGUACCCAGUUGCCUUGCCAGUGUCCUGAUCCUGCCACUUUGCCUCUCAUGAGGGUACAGAGACACACUGCAGGGAGGAAAACAAAACAAAACCCAAGCCCCAACCCUGACAUACUGACAAGGAUCUGUUGAUGAAUUAGUGCCAGUAUUUUCCCUGCUAGAUUCUGUAAAGGGAAUAAGGAAAUGAUAGCAGACUGCAUUUUUAUAGCAGCGUGGGCAACCCUGCCCUAUGCUCUCUGCUGGUAUUCAUCUUCUGCAGACACCUGAACUCAUGUGAGUGUGACAAAGGAAUGAGGCGGAUUGUCAGGGACUUUCCUCCCUGGCAAAAAGGUCUGUAGAGGGAGAAGUUGCCUUGCUGGGAGGUGGAGGGGUCAGCCCUCAGGGUGAACACCUGAAUCCAAAUGUGCUCCCUCUUCAUUUUGGCACAGUAAAAUACUAAAUCUAUAAACAGGCCUUUUAUGAUGAAUACAUUGCAGACUCCAUCAGUCCCAUCAGCUACUCCAUCAGUGCCCCCAUUUCCCAGAGCUGGGUCACUAAGAGGUUCCUGGUGCAGGAAAACAUCCGGUUUUCCCCCUUCAGCCUGAUGAUAAGAGGGUUUCCAGCCUGCCUGGGAGCUGGAUGGGAUGUGCAAAGGUGAGUGUAUGCCACUUUGGCGAUUCUGCAGUGCUAGAGCCAGGAGGAGGUCUGGGUUUAGUUUGGUGUGUGCUGAGGGCUGAAAUCAAAGCGUUUCAGGUGCCUGGAUGCUGAAAUGGCCCCACCAGGCUUGCAGAUAUCCUGUCUGGCUCCAUUUCUCCCUCGGGGCUGAGUGAGAAGGGGUCUGAAGCUGCCACAGAAGCAUUCUAAGGGACUCUUCAGUGGUCCCUUAAGUUCCAGCUUUGGUUCCUGUACAGGUGCUGGGAUGUGUUGCCUGCUGGGCUCGGGCUGUGGUGGAUCCUGCAGCCGCUGCUGAAAUACUUCUGCUACAAAAGCUCCUUGAAAGAAAACUGCAGGUUUGAAGGUGUGAAUCUCUCUGUACUCAAAUGUAGUAUCCUGAGAUGUACUGCCAAGGUGACAAUGAAACACCUCUAAUCCAGACAUGGAAGUGCUCCCGAGGGUUCCUGUGAAUGCCACCGAGUGGGGACCAGCCUGUGAAGGCUCCCAUUGCCUCAGCCCCAGUGUCCCCAGCAUGACUCAAUUCCUCGGGACAUCAGUCUCUGCUUUGGGCAUGGUUCUGUGGCUGCUUCAGAGCCUUGGUGAUGAAUUGAGCCCAGGCAGACAAAGCCUGCUUUAAUUUUGCUGCAGUCUGGCGCAUUAAUACACUAAUUAUUAACUAUUAUAAAUCUUUGUAAUGAGAUUCUGAUCAAUAACAUCUCCUGUUCUAAAAAUACAUACCAGGAAGGUAAAGAGGCACAGACGCCUAAUGCCAAAGAAGCUAUUUUAAUUUCCUAAGAUACUUCACACCAUUAAUUUACAAGAAAACCUGCUGUAUGUUCAGCAAUUAAAUUGCA